UGCUCAUAACACAUAUGAAGCGAAUUCAAGCAGCUGUUUACCAACUGUCAACUCAAAUGUCACUUUUUGUAAUCGACAACGAGUCUUAUGCAAUGCUAAGCAACUAGUUUGCUGGAAAAGACGUAUCACAGGCCUGCUUAUUAAGAUAGUACAUUAGUUGAACGCAUUUAACGCCAACCCGUGCGUGCCACCUUCAAAUAUCAAUCGAUUGAAGAUGUUCCGAAAAAUUAUAAUAGUUACACCAGCUACUGCUCUUCUGAUAGCUGCCGUGCCUGUGAAACAAUCAGAAGCAAAAGUUGGUGAGAGUCCUGCGGUAAAUGCCAAUUUUACAUGUAAAGCAAGUGAUUUGCCACUUUACCAAUCGCUGCACGAGUUGUACGGCACCAAAAAGGAAGUACAUCCUCCAAAAGACUCUCAGACCCGUCAAACUAUAGAAGGCGGCAUAAGUGUUGUACGUAAGGAAGUCCAAGCUGGUAUCAAUGCAAUUUCCCAACAGAAGGCAAAUUUCGACAACUACUUGGAAACAGCCAAGGCACACACUCAGUCUACCAUUGAUUAUCUGAACGAACCGCAAAAUGUGCUGCCACGAAGCGGUGCCAUAGCGGUUGGAGGCUUGUCCGGUUUCAUUUUUGCUGCACGAGGUGGUUUCAUUAAAAAAGUGCUUUAUACGACAAUAGGCGCUGGUGCUGUUGCUUCGUUAUGUUAUCCACGUCAAGCAGAAGUAUUUGCACGCGAUGCACUGGUACAAGCGCGUAAAGGUUUUAGCAUUGCUUACAAUUUUGUAAAAGGCGUAAAACCAGGGGAUGAAGUCGAUAUCGAACCGGUUACUAAAUUUCCAACUAGCAUCGAAGACUUGAAAUUUCUAGCUUUAGAUUUGUAUGACGAAGCAAAAGAAGCGAUAUUUGGAAAGAAACAGUAGACUCAAAAAUUAGUGAAGAUAUUAGCAAAAAAAAAGAAAGUAAAACAACAAGCUUCGCAAUAAAUUUUUAGUGUUACAAAGCAUGUGCAGCAUAAUUUACGAGACAACAUUUAAUGGUGAGCUAUAUAUUUAAGACAGUGCAAUUACAGUGCGAUAAAAUUAAAAAAUUUU